AUGGCUUGGCUUAAGAUAGCUUAUAUAGAAGUAAUUAGUGGUCCAUGUUCAUUAGAAGAAUCAAAUCAUGAAAUAUUUGAAUACAAGGUGAUGGACAUCAAAAAUCUUGAAAUUAAUAGACUUAGAUUGGGUUUGCAGCCAAACAGAAGGGUGCAACUUAUGCAUU